AAAGGAGAAGACAGUAACUGCGCGUAAAUGAUUGAACGCCGUCUUUGGGCGGGUUUAUAUAUGAGCAGACUUUGGCCGUGAUGUUUAAAGCGCUUCAGAUGUGGCGAGUAGAUGGUCGAUGUGGAUUAUAUGGAUUGGACUGAGGAUGGCUCGGGUUUUGAUCGUUUUGUUGCUGCUGCUCACCUGCUCCGGGCUCCGCCAUCACUCGCUAGCUUGCCCGCCAGCCUGCUCGUGUCCAGGGUCAUCCAUGUUGAACUGCUCCUUGGCGGGUCUCCGGGCUCUGCCGCAAAACCUGGACUCUGUGGCUGAUCUGGACAUUUCCCACAACCACCUAGAACGGGCGACGCUACUCCGCCGGACGCUUCCUCGGCUCCGCAGCCUUCGCUUGGCCAAUAACAGCAUCACGCGACUGUCGCUCUGCAUCCACGGACGUGUUGAGGGUCGAGGGUGCGCCUCCUGGGCCCCCAACCUGCAGCUCUUAUCUGUGGAGAGGAAUCAGCUACGACGACUACCACGGGGCUUGAGUGCUAUAGAGGCCUUGGAGAUCCUGCAACUGUCCUUCAACAACAUUACCACCAUCCAGCUAGGAGAACUGGACAACCUGCGUGGGCUACGGGAGCUUCACCUCCAACACAACCUCAUCAGCAGCCUGCACCCGAAUGCCUUCAGACAUUUACACCAGCUCGAGAUUCUCGAUGUGAGCUUCAACAUGCUGACCAGCCUCGACCCUUCAAUCUACUUCUCUCUACACACCAUCGGGACGGACGUUCACCUAGCUGGAAACAAGUGGCACUGUAACUGCAUCAUGAGGAACAUAAGAAGAUGGAUGGCUAUUAACAGGAACCGAGGGUCGCAUUCCUGGGAUUUGGUUUGCGCUUCCCCGCCCAUUCUAGCAGGUGCCGACGUUCUACACCUGGAGGACGAUGAUUUGAACUGUUGGAGCACUGAAAAGGAACCACAAGAUGUGACGGUACAACAAGGUUCUGAUGUUCUGCUGUCCUGCACCACAAGAGGUAACAGCUGAAAAAUCCCUUUUUUCUAUUGAAACCUAAUAAGCAACUCAUGUCUUUUUCUCAGGUGAAUUAUGGUGGACGCCUGCUGGUUUGGCACCUGGAAACCAACCUAACUCUGGUCUCCUCGUCAGCGCCAUCACAGAGAAAAACACUGGUCUUUACGUGUGCUUGUCCAAGGAUCACCAGGUGGUGUCCAUCUUUCAUCUUCGUAUCGCAGGAAUUAGCAGAAUAGUUCGAAGUGUAGCAGAGAGAAUCACAGGUGAAGUAAGGAGCCAAAACGUGACACAAUCCGACUUGACGUUAGCCGUGUGUUUGUCCGUGUUCAUCACCUUUCUGUUCGCCUUCAUCCUGGGAGUUGUCCUAAGACCUUGCAUCGAUAUUCUCUGGAAGAGGAUCACCAGAAAGAAAACAUCUGAAAACACUGUCUCGUCGGCGGAGGGGAGACAAUACGACAAUGAGGCCUACUCGGAAGACCCAGAGGAGUUGCGCCCUCACAGAGAAAGGAGAGUUACCUUCAGCACAGUGGAAGAAAAUGAUGUUAAAUAUUAUGACACGGAACAUGACACAAGAGUAAACGGCAAAGUAGUUGAAAAUGAAACGCUUGUAGAUAGAGAUUCGGUAUUUGAGAAAAGUCUGGAGGGAAGCAGUUCAGAGGAUACACGAGGUCUUUCGGACCAAAACCUCACGAGAACUUUGUCUGAUUCUUCACUUUCUGAUAAGGACCAAAAACAAGUGGACCCUCUUUAUCAGAACACAUCAGAAAUACCUCAAAUUUCCAUUAAUAAAAUUCCAGGAGUUUCUUCUGAACCCAUUGUAGAUUACGCACAGCAUGCAAAAAACAGUGGAACAGUGGAACUCGAAGAUGAGGAAGAACAAUUUGACUUCAGCGACUCUGUCCGCAGCACAUCUCCGAGAACCAGCAGCCCCAUGGGUUCUUUUAACUACACCCGACAAAUUAUGCCAAGACUGAGCAGAAAACACUCGUCCGGCUCCAGUUCGUACAUGAGUGACGAUCAACUUACCCAAUACACAGUCAACCCAGAUCUGCAAGAAGAGAAGGUGAGCAGGAGCUACGCUGAAACCAAGGUCUUCGACAACCUUGCUAGUUUGAAGUCUGAGAAUCGAUAUGAACAUAGCCUGGAUCAGGACACAGAACUUUGGUGGCCUGAAAUUGAUUUCGAUAACUCAAUGCGUGUCCAGAGACGAAUGGAUUUCAAAGUGCGUGAGAGAAGCUUCAGGGAUAAACACACGACAGGAAGGGUGGUGACAGCAGGAGUCGCACCUUCAACUUCUUUCUCCGGCAGUGACAGUGAAGAAUCACAACAACUUGAUUCACAAACGCAGUGGCCAGCGAUUGAUCUUGAGCAUACCAUCUCAGUCCAAAGACGCUUAGAUAUCAAAUCACCAUCACUAACAUUAGAUUCCUCAUCCGGCGAAGACUCUGAGGAUGGAUCAAUACGCCUCACAAAGUCCAAAGACACUAGGUGGCCCGCCGUCAUUGACCCUCAGCAGAUUCCUUACAUUGAAAGGGACCUAAAUGUGAAGUCAACGCAUCCUGAUUCUGCUUCAAACAGUGACAGUGAAGAGGUAACAUGGGCCAGCAUGCCACAGUCUCCAUCAAAUGUAUCCUCGAGAUAUGACCCAAAAGCACCUUGGCCUGCAAUUGAUCUUGAGGAUUCUUUCAAAACUAAGAGGCAUCUAGAUGUCAAACCACUGUCACCAACUUCACAUUCAACUUCCAGUAUUGACAGUGAAGAUGAAAAACUGUACUCCACACAAAAACAGGAGCAAGGGACCAUUGAAGUGACUAGUUACCCCAUUAAACCACCUCCAACACUAAGUUAUAACCCACGAUUGAUUGAUCUUGAUGAUUCUUUCAGAAUUAAAAGGUAUCUUGACGUCAAACCUCUGUCACCACCUUCAGGUUCAACUUCUAGUAUUGACAGUGAAGAGGAAACAAUGUACUACACUCAAAAGCAGGAGCAUGGGACCCUAAAAGUAACGAGUAACCCCAAUAAAGCCACUCCAACACCAGGUUAUAGCCCAGAAUCACCUUGGCCCUCAAUUGACCUUGAGGAUUCUUUCAGAAUCAAAAGACGUCUUGAUGUCAAACCAAUGCCACCAACUUCAGGUUCAACUUCCACAAUUGAAGAUCAAACAAUGUACUACACUCAAAAGCAGGAGCAUGGGACCCUAAAAAUAACUAGUAACCCCAAUAAAGCCACUCCAACACUAGGUUAUAGCCCAGAAUCACCUUGGCCCUCAAUUGAUCUUGAGGAUUCAUUCAGAAUUAAGAGACGUCUAAACAUCAAAGCACCUUCACCACCUUCGGAUUCAUCGUUCAGCAGCGACAGUGAGCAUGAAACAACACUAAGUCAUGACCAACACUCACAUUGGCCCUUAAUAGAUCUUGAGGAUUCUUUCCGAAUCAAGAGGCGUCUCGACGUCAAAGCACUUCCACCACCUUCAGAUUCCUCGUUCAGCAGUGACAGUGAUCAUGGAACAACUCACCACAUCACAGAACACAAACAAGGAGGCACUGAAGUUACUAGGUAUCCUGCUCACGUGUCACCAACACAAAGUCAUGACCCACAAAUACCCUGGCCCUCAAUAGAUCUUGAGGAGUCUUUCCGAAUCAAGAGGCGUCUUGAUGUCAAAGCACCUCCACCACCUUCAGAUUCAUCGUUUAGCAGUGAGUAUGAAAUUCAUCAUAUCACAGAGAAAAAGAAAGACAUCACUGAAGUAACUAUGUACCCCACUGGAGCAUCGCCAACACCAAAAUAUGACCUACAAGCACCCUGGCCCUCUACUACUCUUGAGGAUUCUUUCAGAAUUAAGAGGAGACUAGAUGUCAAAGUACCACCACAAACUUUGGAUGCGUCAUCCGACAGUGAUGAUGAAAUGAAUAAUCACAUUCAAAACCUGGAGCAAGACACCAUGAAAGUAACCAGGCACGCUCCAACACAAAAUUAUGAUCAACCUUGGCCCUCAAUUGAUCUUGAGGAUUCUUUCAGAAUCAAAAGGCGUUUAAAUGUCCAAGCACCUUCACCGUCUGAUUCAUCAUCCAGCAACAACAGCGAUAUCACUAAAGUAACUAAGUACACCACUGAAGUGUCACCAAUGCUAAUUUAUGAUCCAAACGCCCCUUCUAUUGAUCUUGAGGAUUCUUUCAGAAUUAAGAGGCAUCUGGACAUCAAAUCGUCAACUUCAUAUUUAUCAUCCAGUGAGGAUGAACUUACUCAUCCCAUCAUUGAGCAGGUGCAAGAGAUCAAAAAUGUAACAAGGCACCCCGUUACAUCACCUCCGGCAUCAAGUUAUGACCCAGAAGCCCCUUGGCCUUCUAUUGAGCUUGAGGAUUCUUUCCGAGUUAAAAGGUGUCUCGAUGUCAAAGUUCUCCCACAAAAUUCAGAGACAUCAACCUUGAAACAGGAGCAAGGGACCACUCAGGGUUCGCCAAGACCAAGUCAUGACCCACAAGCACCUUGGCCCUUAAUCAAUCUUGAGGACUCUUUCCGAAUUAAAAGGCGUCUAGAUAUCAAAGCACCUUCACCAACUUCCAAUUCGUCAUUCAGAAAUGAGAGUGAGCAUGAAAAAACUAAUCAGCCUACAAAUGAGGAGCAGGAAAUCACAAAAGUAACAGGGUACCCCAUUAAAGCACCUCCAACAUCAAGGUAUGACCUACAAGCACCAUGGCCCUCAGUUGAUCUUGAUGGUACUUUCAGAAUUAAGCGGCGUUUAAACGUCAAAGCACUGCCACGAACUUCAGAUUCGAUGUACCACAGUGACACUGAAGAUGAAAGGACCAAACACACCACAAACCAGGACCAGCAAACCAACAAAGAAACUCAGUACUUAACUAUAGCACCUCCAACAUCAAGUUAUGAACCACAAGCACCUUGGCCCUCUGUUGAUCUUGGUAGCACUUUGCGAAUUAAGCGGCGUCUAAACAUCAAAGCACGGUCACCAACUUCAGAUUCAUCAUUCAGCAGUGACAAUGAGCUUGAAACAAUUACUCAACCUACAAAACAUGAGCAAGAUAUCCUGAAAGUAACAAGUUACCCAUUUGAAGCACCUCCAGCAUCAAGAUAUGAUCCACAAUCACCUUGGCCUUCUAUUGAUCUUGAUGGUGGUUUCAGAAUCAAGCGACGUCUAAACGUCAAAGCACUGUCACCAACUCCAGAUUCGAUGUCCAGCAUUGACACUAAAGACGAAAGGACCAUUCACAUCACAAAGCAGGACCAGGAAACCGCAAAUGUAUCUAGCUACCCCAUGAAAGCACCUCCAACAUCCAGUCAUGACCCAUCAUCUCCAUGGCCUUCUCUUGAUUUUGAAGAUUCUCUCCGAAUCAAGAGGCGUCUAAACAUCAAUGCGCCUUCAUCACCUUCAGAUUCUUUGUCCAGCAGCGACCAUGAAUAUGAAAUGAUUCAUCACGUCAUAAAACAAGAGGAGCAAGGGAUUCCUCGGCAUCCAAUAAAAGAAUCACAAAGUCCACGCUCUAACCCACAAUCAUCUUGGCCCUCGAUUGAUCUUGUGGAUUCUUUCAGAAUCAAGAGGCGUUUAGAUUUCAAAGUGCUGUCACCAACUCCAGAUUCAUCAUCGAGCAGCAUUAAACAGGAACAAGGAACUGCAAAUAAAGAGGAUGAUCCACGAGGAUUUUGGCCAUCACUUGACCC